ACUGUACUAUCAUGUAUCUGUUGAACAUAUACAUAACAACAUGUGCUUCACUCAAUGCCAAUUUGAAACUUCCUUUCUUUGUCGUGAAUGAGUGCCCUGAAUCAUGAGAGUAAAAAAGUGUAAAAUAAUAAGGACAUAACAUAGUGUGUGGUUGUGAUAAUGAUUACACAGUCUGAGUAUUUUGUUUUGGAAUAUUUUGGCUCUCUUACCAGUGCAAUGUUGUUGUAUCAAUCCAAAACUCCAAAGAUGAACAGAAUCAAACAGUUUAUCAGACAAAGAUUUAUGAUCUAUUCUGCAAAAAUUUUCACGCAAAAACCCAUUUUCCCCAGCAAUGGACGAUCCUUUUUAUCAUAAUGAUCCAACGGCUAAAAGUUAAAAGAAAACAACUUUUCUCUUUCAUUUAAACUCCAAAAAAGCAGUUUUUGAAACCCCAAAUCAGGUGCCACUCUUUCUUCUCUUUGGCGGCGAAACAACAAUCAAUCAUCAAUGUUUCUGUCUCUUAGACCUUAACAAGAAAAUUGCAGAGGAAGAUCCAAUUUUGAGUUUAAUGUUUCACCUCCUGUGGGUCUUCAAUUCUAAGAAUCUCAGACUAAAAUUCUUCCCUCAAACACUUAAAUGGGUUUCCACUUCAGCCACCAAAGCCCCUCCUUCAGAAGACCCACAACACUUCGUUCGUAUCUUCUUCAAUGCAAGACAAAACCACAACCACUACGAAUGCGAGCUUGCACUUGUUUCCGCUCUCAAGUGUUGUUCCUCAUUCUCCGCCGCUCCUUUGGGCCGCCAGUUCCAUUCCUUGGUCGUCAAACUCGGAUUCCAUUCCAACACCUUCAUUCGUAACAGCUUGAUCAGCAUGUACUCUAAAUGCGGCUCCUUGUUCGAUGCCCAGUUGCUCUUUAAGGCUUGUCCUACGUUGGACCCUGUUUCUUGUAAUAUCAUGGUGUCUGGGUACAUGAGAGCUAGCCAAAUUGGCUGUGCCCGCCAACUGUUUGACGUAAUGCCUGGUAAAGGUUUUGUAUCCUAUACCACCAUGAUAAUGGGUCUUGUUAAAAAUGGUUGCUUUGGGGAUGCCCUUGAGGUUUUUAAGGACAUGAUGGAUCACAGUGUGGUCCCUAAUGAGGUCACUUUGGUGAAUGUAGUGUCUGCUUGCUUACAUUUUGGUGAGAUAUGGAACUGCCGGAUGGUUCACGCAUUGAUUAUUAAGUUGGUUGUUGAGGGGCAGGUAGUUGUCUCGACUAAUUUGAUGCAUGCUUAUUGUGGUUGUUUGGGUUUAGGGGAAGCGAGGAGGCUGUUUGAUGAGAUGCCUGAGCCUAAUUUGGUGUCCUGGAAUGUGAUUUUGAAUGGGUAUUCAAAGGCGGGGCAUCUUGAGAUGACCAAGGAGUUGUUUGAGAGGAUUCCUGAUAAGGAUGUUGUUUCUUGGGGGACGAUGAUCGAUUGUUGCAUCCAAGCAACUUGUUUGCAUGAAGCUUUGGUGAUGUAUCGUGCAAUGCUUCAGAAUGGAAUAGGGCCUAAUGAAGUCAUGGUUGUUAAUUUGGUUUCAGCAUGUGGUCGUGAGACAGCAGUCAGCGAAGGUCGGCAAUUGCAUGGAACAGUUGUUAAGAAAGGAUUUGACUGUUACAAUUUCAUACAGACUACGAUCAUCUAUUUUUAUUCAUCUUGUGGGAUGAUGGACCUUGCCAAUUUACAAUUUGAAGUGGGUGUAAAGGAUCACCUAAAAUCAUGGAAUGCUCUUAUUGCUGGAUUCAUAAAAAAUAAAAUGAUGGAGCAGGCAAGGCAAAUCUUUGAAGAGUUGCCCGAAAGAGACGUAUUUUCGUGGAGUACAAUGAUUGCUGGCUAUGCACAAACUGAACAACCAAGAAUGGCUCUUGAUCUCUUCCACAAAAUGAUAGCUAGUGGGGUCAAACCAAAUGAAGUUACCAUGGUGGGUGUAUUUUCCGCAAUUGCCACUCUAGGUGCAUUGAAUGAAGGAAGAUGGGCCCAUGAGUACACUACUAGUGAAUGCAUUCCUUUGAAUGACAAUUUAUGUACAGCCAUGAUUGAUAUGUAUGCAAAAUGUGGGAGCAUCAACACCGCCUUACGAUUUUUCAAUCAGAUUCGAGACAUUGUGUCUUCCGUGUCUGCAUGGAAUGCAAUUAUAUGUGGAUUAGCAUCACACGGACAUGCAAGUAUGUGCCUAGAGGUUUUUUCUGAUUUGCAUAGGUAUGGUAUUAAGCCCAAUCCAAUUACAUUUAUAGGAGUCCUUAGUGCUUGUUGUCAUGCUGGGCUGGUGGAUCAUGGGCGGAGAAUAUUUCGAAGCAUGAAGAGUGUAUAUAAUGUUGAACCAGAUAUCAAUUUCCAUAUACAUUGUUUUUGCUAAUUUAUCCAAUGAAUAUGCUGAUAGGUUAUCCUUUUAGAAAUCAUCACCGAGUCGUUUUUAUAUAUUGUCUAGAGCUCCUUAAUAAUUUUGAUUCAAGUAUAUAUUUAUAUAUGAGCAUCAAAAUAAUGUUUUCUUUUCCUUCAAGUUAAUUGCAAAUUUAUUUUGUAAUUUGUAACUUUGGAACCUAGAAAGAGGUUAAGGGGAAUUAGGAAUAGUAGAUUACUUUUUUUUUUCCCACUGUUGGAAGUUAAAACAUGAUAAGAUUGCUGAUACAAACCAAGGUGGACCAACUUCUUACAAGAUGUUGUGUAUAGAAAUGCUUUUAACGAUGAAGGUUUAGGUAUAGUUCUCUCUGAUACUUAGUCCCCAACCAGAGGAAAAGUUUAAAAGUAAAAUGAUUGCUUUUCAUGCCCUUUGAUAAUUUAUAUGUUGAUGUAAAAUUUUCUUCCUUAUGAAAUGUAAUUUUGCUCUGGCUUGCAACACUUUCUUGGUUACUCCAUGUAUUCUAUAUCAACGAUUGUCUUUCACUCCUUUGGUACAUUCACAUGAUUGUAUUAAUUUACAAUUAAUGAUCAUAUACAUUGGAUGGUGAAUGUAAUUUGAACGCUAAUGCACCGAGAUAGAGCUUCCCAUGAAUCUUGUUUUGUUGCUUCAAAAUCCUGUAGUAGCAGAAUCAUUGGAGUUGAUACACGAAACGAUCACGUUCUCUUACCAUUGCUCCUUCAUCCAUCCGAUAGUCCUCAUUUGCUGUAUCAGCUUGAUAAAUCAGAGGUACCAAAAUUUUAAUUUCGAAAUCAUGCUGAUAGCUGUUGAUGUUAUUUAUGUGUUCCCUUUCUUACUAUCCAUAUUGCUCCGGACUUUUCUAUUUCAUUUGCAUUCUUCUAGAAAUAUUGAUUGCAUAACGUAGAUAGUGUUCACAUAACUCUGUUUUUUCUUCAUUCAUUGGUAGUCCAGCUUUGAAUGCUAAUGGAUGGACUGGUAUUGAAUUUCACUCCUACCCUGUUCUGUUGUUUCAUCAAUCAUGCUGAUGCAGAAUCACUGGAGUCAAUACAUCAAACAUUCAAACUGUGACAUUUCCUUUCAACUGCUCUUCAUUAGGCUACUAGUUUGCUUUGUUGGUUGAUAAAUCAACAAGAUACGAUGAUAGAACGAGAUAAAACAUGAGAAUAAAAAAGGACAUUCCAUGCACAAAGUCUGGGGAAGGACCGCACCUAAAGGGUAUAAUGUUACUUUUAUUGUUAAAAGAAAAAUUAUGCUUCUGUCUCACACUUGCUUUAAAGAGUGCUUUUCCUUGUUUUUGGAUUUGGAUCUUCUAAGUUAACGAUAUUUGUAAUGUGAUGUCUAAAUUGAUCCUGCCUUUUGUGGACCUUAACAUGGUCUUGGCACAAAAUUGUGAGAACACUCUUGCCCCACAUUUUAAGAAGAUUAAAAUUGCAGAUUGAGGCAUAGUUUAUUGCUAUAUUUGCAAGUUUCUGCCUUUGCUUAUACAGUUACAUCCCUUAUCAGUAUAUGGACAGCUAUCUCUCGAGCACAGGUUUAGGUUCGGCCUCAAUGGAAAAAGAAAAACGGAGCACCUAACAACGUAUCUUCACAGACCAAGAACUACGAGAUCGCCCCUUUCAUU